AUGGCCUCACAGAUUCUACCAUUGGAGCUGAUCGACAAAUGUAUCGGGUCGAAGAUCUGGGUGAUUAUGAAAAGCGAACGUGAAUUCACCGGAACUCUCCUUGGAUUCGAUGACUAUGUCAACAUUGUCCUAGAGGAUGUGACAGAGUUUGAAACGACAGCUCAAGGUGUCAAAAAGACAAAGCUCGCACAGACAUUACUAAACGGAAGUAACAUUGCUAUGCUAAUACCGGGAAGUGACGGUCCUGAAUCAAGUUGA